AUGGGCAUCCAAGGGCUCCUCAAGGCUCUGGAGGAUGUGCAGCGCGAAUGCCACAUCAAGGAGUUUGGUGGAAAGAAAGCAGCCAUUGAUGCUCAUGGUUGGUUGCAUGCUGCCUUGGCAGGAAGGGCUAUGGAUGUUGAGCUCGACGUCGAUGACCAGGUUCAUGUCCAAUACUGUGCGAAAAGGAUCUCGAUGCUGCGAAGAUUUGGAGUCGAGCCAGUCUUUGUGUUUGAUGGCGCAGCGCUGCCGGCAAAGGCAGCAUUGCUAGAGGAGCGGCGUCAGCGAAGGGAGCACAUGAGAAGGGAAGGCCAGCUUCGACUGAGUGAAGGAGACUUUGCGCAGGCGAAGUCAUGCCUUGCCCAGGCAGUGGAAAUCAAAGACCACCAAAUCGAUGAUGUCGUGCGCUUGCUUGCUGCGGAAGAAGUCAGGUACAUCCACGCACCUUGUGAAGCCGACGCUCAAAUGGUUUAUUUGGCUUGGCAGGGUUAUGUUGACUUCUGCAUCUCGGAAGACAGCGAUCUCCUCGCCCUUGGCUCCCCUCAAGUGCUCUACAAGCUCCGUGGCGAUGGACAUGGCAGAGAGAUUCUCUUGGAUGAUGCACUGAAUGGCCGAAGCUUGGAGGACUUCCAGGCAAUUUGCAUCUUGAUGGGUUGCGACUACUUGCCUCGUCUUCGCGGGGUUGGGCCCGCGCUGGCCGUCCAAGUGGUGGCGGCGCGCGGCUGCGAAGCGGAGGCCGUUGCCAGGGAGCUUCGGGUUCGUGGAAUCUCUGUGCCGUCUGAGUACGCCGAGCACUUCCGGCUGGCGAGCAAGGUUUUUCAGCUGCAGCCCGUGUACGAGCCUCGUAGCGGCCGACAGAUUCCUCUUCGGAGCUCGCAGGAACUGCACACAGCGCCUAUGCAGCUCGCGAGCCAUGCUGGGAGCUCUGCUACGCAGGAAGCCGAGGCUUCUUGCCGCGAUGGUCUGGUGCCGAUUGAGGCACCUCGAGGUCGAGUGGGUCGGAAGGAAUCCCCCGGCCGGAGCCGCAGCCGGCGCAGCCGCACCCCUGCACGGCGAGAAGGUUGCAGUGGCAGUGGCAGCGCAUUUGUCAGCGACUCUUUGGAACAAGCCAGGUCUGCUCAGCAGGGUGCGAUGACCCUGGACGAAUUCAUUCGACGAGAGCGAGUAGAACGCAGAGGAGGCUCACAAGCACCACGCAAAGAGCAGAGAGCUGAGCAUGGAGCUGGUGAGGGAGACGCAGACCCAUCGUUGAGUGUUGCGGGGAAGUCGCGCUUCUUUGGACGGCGCUCCAAAACGGGCAGCCUGUGGUCGGACUGCCUGCAGUGUGAAAAGCCUUGGUCCGCUCUUCGACAGGGCUCUUUUAUGAUGGGCUCAUGGAUGCCGCUGAGCCUUCUGCUGCGAGCAGGCCACAGCGGGAAUCAGACAGCCCAGAGCCCAGCGCCAUACUUUCUGGGUCAUCACUACAGAUGGGACCAGCGUCCCAUCGACGAGGAAGCGUGGAGCGGGGGAAAAAGGGGCUACGGCGAGUGGUCCUGGAAAGGAGGGAAGGGACACAGCAAAGGACGUGGAAGGCGGCGAAAAGGCGAAGGGAAAUGGGCUCCGAAGGGAGCAAGAGACGCGCCUGAAGAAGGUUGGGACGGUGGUUGGGAAGAAGGCAAGCUGCAGCCGGGCAAAGAUUCCUUCCGUCGUGGCAAGGGGUCUUCUGGAAUCGUGGCUUCAGACCUGUUGGGUGAAUGGCUGGAUGGGCAGGACAACGAUGUUGUCGUGCAGUCUGGUCCCGAGCGUUCCCGGCCACUGACUGCCCGUUUGGCUCGUCGAGGGGGCCGUGAACAGGUGCUGUCUCUGCGGCGAGAGCCUGAAUCCGAUUGCUGGGCGUGUGGAAAUGCUGUUCUGGACAAAGCCGCCUCUACCGCGAAUGUCCUAGUCUGGGCUGCAUACGACGGCCGCCGGAGCGUCUGGCGCAGGAAAGAGGUGUCGGAUCAAGCCGAGCCCAACGAUCUGCUGCCGUGGUUGCUGAAAGCUCCGGCUUUGCUAGGUGCCUCCAAAGCAGAGGAGGAACAAGAGCCGCAGGCCAAAGCUGCCAACGGCCGAGUUGCAGAAGGUUUUGCGCCGCGUCCACGUCGGCAGAGGAAUUGGAGCUCGAUCUCCAUGGACAGCGACGUAGCCGGAGUUUUCGUCGGACAACCAGACGGGGAGGAUCCAAAAGAUGGGGAAGAAGAAGGAGUUCCACCAACCAGUGACCAGGAAACGCCACCGGAUCGGCCACCGGCAGAGGAAGCAGCGCGACUUCCAGCAGUUUUCGACACUGACAAUGCUUCGGCUGAUGCGGCCAGAGUCUCUGCAAUCCUGGACGCUCGGCAAGUGCUUGGAUCGGCAAGCAACUUCCAGGAGAUUUUUAGCCAUCUCCUGAUCGACCACGACUUGCUGUGCCAAGAGGGAGAGGACCCUAUGGUUCCCUCGAUUGAUUCGGCCCUUUGGCAGAGGCUGCCAGAUGCACCUCGCCGCAACGUGCUGCACCGACUUUCAGCGUUCCAGAACAGCAGUUUCGUUCCCGGAAGCUACGUGGCGGAGUUUCCUGCCGGGAACUGGAGCGAGCUCUUCGUGGGCCGCCACCGCUUCCCAGUGCUGCAGACGGACAUCCAGGCGUUGCUGCGACGCUACACUCUGUCAGCGGACAAUGUCGCUUCUCGGGCCUCUGCCAUGGCACGAGUCUUCGCCCUCUACCGAGCACUGGAGAACCCAGUGUUGACUGCUGGCCAAAGAAGUUCACACCAGCUUUGUACCUGGCGGCCGACUUCGAAAGAAGCAGCCGACGUGGAGUACGAGCUCUUCGCGUCGCCCUUCAAUGCUCGAGUCAGCAACGGCAAGUAUGCUUCCCGCUUCCCUCACGCCGAGAAGAUCUUUGGCUCGGCGGGCUCGUAUCCGGAUGUACUUGACGAGUGGCCAUCCACAGCUGUGGUGUCGGUCAAUCCGCCAUUUUCGGAUGCGUAUUUGGACGAUGUUGUGGGCAAGCAGCUGGACCGAAUUGUCGCGGGCUUCAAGAAGGUUCAUCUUUUCGUACCUGUUCGUGAUGCGCCGUGGCGAAAGCAACUGCGCCGUCUUUCCAAUGCGCGGUUUGUACAGGACUUCUUCGAUGCAACCGCAUUGAAGGACCGGCAUUUGGAGCAGCCGGUGCUUCACUGGGAGGGAAGUGAGCUCGCACCAGCUGAAUCUUAG